AUGCCCACAGCGAUCACCGCGGCACAACUCGAGGAGGAGCAAGCCUCAGAUUUUGAGUUGACACGCAUCUUGCAAGGAACUACUUCCUUAAAGCUGAAGAAAGCUUUCUCAUAUAUCCACAAUCUUUCGCAUCCCAGCGGACGAGCAACUGCCCGUCAAAUCAGACAGAAGUUUGUCUGGCCUUCGAUGAACAAAGAUGUCCUCAAAUGGUGUAGAUUUUGUCUCCCAUGCCAGCGCUCCAAAAUUCACAAGCACAAUCACCUUCAGCCGGAGAAGAUCGCUGUGCCAAAUGGAAGAUUCGACCACGUCCACCUGGAUAUACUAUGGCGUUCUGGACACACUGGGUAUCCCGUUUUGGAUCACCCAAAACAAUCACUACUGAUCAAGGCGCGCAGUUUGAAUCUGCAGUUUUCAAACAACCUGAUCGGAAGCAAGCAUAUUCACACUACGGCCUACCAUCCGCAAUCAAACGGACUUAUAGAGAGGUGGCACAGAUCCUUCAAAUCGUCCUUGAUGUGCAGCAGUGGCACGCCGUGGCCUCAACUAUUACCAACUGUGCUACUUAGCCUUCGUACCUGUUUCAAAGAAGACAUAAAAUCAUCUGCAGCUGAAAUGUUAUACGGAGUACCAAUUCGACUGCCAAACGAAUUCUUCGCCAACAUGGAUGAAACUGUGGACCCUACGACAUUCCUGAGCAGUUUUCGAGAGCACAUGCAGAAAAUUCGACCAACUCCCACAUCGCACCAUAUUAAAGAAAAAAUGUUCCUACUGAAGGGAAUUGACAAAUGCACCCAUGUAUUUCUCCGCAUAGACGCAGUAAAGCAACCUCUGGAGCCUCCUUACACCGGACCGUACGAAAUCAUCAAACGCGACAACGACCGAGUUUUCACCAUACGAAUCGACGGGAAGGACUCAGCAGUAUCAGUCGACCGCCUCAAGCCUGUUUUCCUAGUCAAGGACGACAAGCAGUUCGACUCGGAGGAAUCCAACCCCACUCCUCAAAGGACUUACGAAAAACGGCGUAAGGUUCGUCCAACAUACACCGUGGGCAACGUGAAGUACCUCGAGCCAACGCCCCAAUCCACCAGCUGCGUCCAGAGUCGCGGACCAGGAAGUCAGGGAAGCUUCCGACGCAUCGAGAGCCAGUAA